AUGGAUUUCCUUCUAUUAAGUGUUCUUUUGGUAUUAAGUAGAGUUUUUGAAGGUCAAGCUUUACCCUUUGAUAAAAGUUACAAGAUUUCUUGGGGGGACAAUAAUUUGAAGUCCUUUAACAAUGGAGAAGAAAUUCAGCUAUCCCUUAAUAAUUUUUCUGGAUCUGGAAUUCAGUCCAAACUAAGUUAUGGCUCGGGAUCCUUCAAAAUGAGAAUAAAGCUACCGAGCAAAGACACAGCUGGAGUAGUGACGUCCUUCUAUCUGAUUUCACAUACAAACAACCACGAUGAAUUAGAUUUCGAGUUUUUGGGUAAUAGAGAAGGGAAACCAUACACAUUGCAAACAAACGUAUUUGCAAAUGGUAUCGGUGAUAGAGAGCAGAGAAUUCAACUUUGGUUCGAUCCAACUGCAAAUUUUCAUGAGUAUUCAAUCCUCUGGAACUCACAUCAGAUUGUAUUUUUCGUAGACGAAGUACCCAUUAGGGUUUACAAGAACAAAUCCCAUAGAGGAGUUGGAUACCCUACACAAUCAAUGCAAUCAGAGGCUACAAUAUGGAAUGGAGAAACUUGGGCAACAGAAAAUGGAAGUGCCAAAAUCAAUUGGUCUAAUUCUCCAUUCACAGCUCAAUUCCAAGGCUUCACCAUUGAAGGCUGCCCAUUUUCUAAUUAUAGUUUGAACUGUAAUUCUACCAACUUCUGGUGGAAUUCCAAGCAAUUUUGGAAACUAACUUAUGCUCAAGAAAAAUCAUAUAAGGACAGGCGCAAAUAUAUGACUUAUGAUUAUUGCAAAGACACCAAUAGAUUUCAAACCAUUCCCCCAGAAUGUACAAAGUGAUUCUUAAUUUGAAAGAAAAUGGAGACUACGUAGAAUUGCU